AUGCCCGCGCGCGAACCAGGCGCGACGCCGCACCUCCCAACAACACUCAGUUCCACCCCGGCAGCCUCCAUCGGCCCCGUCCUCCCCACCUACCACCAUGGGGGCACCACGCGCUCUGCGUCCUCGUCGGCAUUCACACGCGCAGCAGACACGUCCCCGCACGGCGGGGUCCGCCGCCGUGUGUCCACCGGCGACGGGUUUGUCGGCAAGAUGCUCCGCCGCCUGAGCGUCGUGUCGACGGGCGAGCACGACCUCGACUUUGACGAGUCGCAUGCCGGCCACCACGACGAUCUCGGCGACAGCGCGUUCGCGCCCACCGACGAAGACUACGACGAGUCGAUCCUCGGCAGCAGCCACACGUCGCGCGCGAUCAGAGACUCUACCAACCGCCUUGCCUCGAUGUCGUUUACGGGCCGCUCGAUUGCUGCUGCUGCAGGACAAUCGGGAUUCUCCAUCGACCACCGACCCCACGUCCCGUCGCCUCUGACGAGCACGGCCGGAGCGGUGGAUCUGUCGUCGUCACCGCGCGUCCCCAUCAGCCCGCACACGCCCUCGGGCCCCUCGGGGCUGUCGAUGCUCAUGGAGCGGGGGCGCCAGCGCAUCACCACCCACGGCUCUGGCUCGACCGAGGGCGGUGGGUACGGAGGCGAAACCCCACGCCAGGGAAUGGUGACGCUCGUCGACGAGCUCCUCCCGCCACACCUGCAGCCGCACCCUGGUCGCUCGACGAUCCACCUCGAGAGCACGCUCGACGAGGUCAUUGAAGAGGACGAGGACAUGGGCUCGUCGUCCGAGUUUAGACAGUACCUCGAGCGCGAGAGCACGAUUCCCUCCGAACGCACACCGCUCCUAGGCGGACUGCACGGCGGGGCCAAGCGCGCCUGGGCAUCGCGCGCCGCCAUCGACUUUGAGGCCGCACGCACCCGUCUCGGCAAGGUGACUGCCCAGGACGUCUUCCACGCCUGUGUCACCGAGCCGAUCCAGUGUCUGCCUGCCGUCUCCCUCGGCCUCCUGCUCAACGUCCUCGACGGUGUGUCGUACGGCAUGAUCAUCUUCCCGGCCUCGGACGACUUCCCCGACUUUGGCUCCAUCGGCGUCGCCAUGUUCUUCAUGUCGUGUAUCAUCUCCCAGCUCGUCUUUUCGUUUGGCGGAUCCAUCUUCAAGGGCGGUAACGGCUCGAUGCAGAUUGAAUCGGUCCCAUUCCUCCACAUCAUCACCAGUAUUAUCCAAGCAGAGCUCGGUAGCGACACCCAGGCGAUUGUGGCAACGACAAUGGUGGCGUUCGCCUUUGGGUCCAUCCUCUGUGGCCUUGUCUUCUUCAUCCUCGGCACGUUCAAGCUCGGAUCGCUCAUCGGAUACUUCCCCCGCCACAUUCUCGUGGGCUGCAUCGGUGGUGUCGGUGUCUUUUUGUUUGUGACUGGUCUCCAAGUGUCUCUGGGCCUCGACGAGAAUUCGUUCGACUACAACUUCAAGACGCUCAAGCACUUUUUCCAGGACUUGCACCACAUUGUGCUGUGGGGCAUCCCGCUCGUGCUCGCCAUCAUCCUCCGCGUCAUUACGCACACAUGGCACAACCAGCUCAUCUUCCCGCUCUACUUCUUCUUCAUCCCGGUGGUGUUUUACAUUGUCGUGCUGAUCGGCGGCUGGGACAUGGCCACUCUGCGCGAGAACGGCUGGGUGUUUGACGUCGGCUCGAGCACCGAGCCGUGGUGGGCCUACACGACAAAGUUUAGCUGGCGCCACACCAACUGGUCCGUCUUCUGGAAGACAAUGCCCACGCAGUUUGCCCUCGUCUUCUUUGGUAUCCUCCACGUCCCCCUCAACGUCCCUGCGCUGGGCGUCUCCCUCGCAGAGGACAAUGUCCGCCUCGACCGUGAGCUCCUCGCCCACGGCGCCUCCAACACCCUCUCGGGUCUCCUUGGCACCGUGCCCAACUACCUCACUUACGUCAACACUGUCCUCUUCUACCGCGUUGGUGGUGGCUCGGCCCUGUCCGGUUUCCUCCUCGCAGCGGCCACCUUUGGCGUUAUGUGUGUCGGCCCUACUGUCAUCGCGUCCCUUCCCAUCAUGGUCGUUGGCGCCCUCAUCUUCGUGCUUGGUCUCGACCUCAUUAUCGAGUCGGUCUGGGACACUCGUAACCGCGUCAACCGCUUCGAGUACUUUACCAUCAUCACCAUCAUGGCGUGCAUGACGCUCUUUGACUUUGUCACUGGCCUCCUCAUCGGUGUCAUUCUCGCGUGCAUCUUCUUUGUCAUCCAGAGCUCCCGCCGCCGUCCUAUCCGUGCAAUCUUUACCGGCUACACCGCAAAGUCGACCGUCCGCCGUCCCCGCCAGCAGCGUGCGUUCAUCCAGCGCGUCGGCUCGCAGACCAUGGUCAUGAAGCUCCACGGAUUCCUCUUCUUCGGCACCAUCUCGGUCGUCGAGGACGAGAUCCGCAAGCUCCUCGAAGUCGCCCAUUUCGACCACCACCCCAUCCGCUUCUUGAUCAUCGACUUUGCCCUCGUCGGCGGCCUGGACUUUUCUUCGGCCGAGGCGUUCGUCCGCAUCCAGCGUCUCCUGGCUGCCAAGCAGGUGCUUCUUGUCAUGUGCGGUGCCGAUCCGUACUCGCCUGUCGGAACUGCCCUUCGCGCCGUCGACCUCUGGGCCGACCAGGAGGGCACGCGCGUCGAGGUCUUUGCGACGCUCAACGACGCCCUCGAGUGGACUGAGAACGCAUACCUCACGGCCUUCUACGAGAACCAGAUGCAGCGCACCAAGUCGGACUCGGAGCAGCCGCGCACCAUCGACCUGCCCAAGAUCAACCGCAUGCCCUUCUCGCUCGCCGAGUCGUUCCAGAACUCGCCGCGCAGGACCACCCUCGCGCGCGCUGGCGACGACACACUCCCCGUCCCAUAUGUCCACCGUGACGAGCCCACGACCGCCCCGCCCUCGGAGAUGCUCCAGCCCAUGCCGAUCCUCAUGCAGAUCUUCGAGUCGUAUUCGAACGAGGAGGACGCCUUCUUCCGCGAGCUCGCGCCUUACUUCAAGCAGGUGGUCGCGCACGCCGGCGACGUUCUGUGGCACCAGGGCGACAACGCCGACGGCCUGUACCUCAUCGAGGCGGGCAGUCUGCGCGCGACGUACAGCUACGACGAGCACAGCGAGGCCAUCCAAGAGACCAUGGUGGCCGGCACUGUUGCCGGCGACCUGUCGACGCUGUCCGACACGCUGCGCAACGCCACGGUGGUGGCGGAGCGCGAGUGCGUGCUCUGGAAGCUGGAGCCCGAGUCGCUCGCCCACAUGGAGAAGGACAAGCCCGAGGUCGCCGGCCGGUUCAUCAAGCUCGUGCUCAAGGCUGCCGUCGAGGAGGUGGACGUCCUUGCAUCCCAUCUGGUGGCGGUACUCAGCUAA